UGCCCCAUCUCUGUAACUUGUUUAUGAAUCAGCUGACGAGCAGAUGGACAAGGAAGACGAGGAAGGAGCGCGACAAAAGAAAAAGGAGGUUCAAAACUGGGAAAAAUGAAGUAAGGAGUAAAACUGGAGCAAAGAGGGAAGAUAGGACAUGUUUUGACUCCACGUGUCCUUCGAGGUGUUCAGAAGAAAGAUAGAAAAAAAAAUAUGAUGGAGGAGAAAAAGAAAAGGCAAGAAAUAAAGAGGGGGGAGCGGGUGAGCAGAGAGGGUCCUGAGGGGAAGGGGGAGUGGUGGGGUGUUUCCCUGAAGCUGGGAUGUGUUUGUGUGUCUCUGUCUCUCUCUCUGUCCCUCUCUCUCUCACACACACACACACACACACACACAUAAACUCCCAUGUCUCCCAUGCAGUCAGUUACAACAACACUCUUACCAAGGUCGGCAGCACAAAGCAGAGUCUCUCACUUUCGCUCACUUACACUCUCUCUCUCUCUCUCUCUCUCUCUCUCUCACACACACACACACACACACAAACACAGACACACAUACGCACAGACACCCACAUGCCACCUCGCAGACUCGACACACACCUCCUCUGGAACACCCAGGAAGCUGAAGCCAAACCAACGAGAGAAAAGAAAUAAAAACAAGGACGUUUUUGGUGAAACCAUCAGUCAGGUUGUGACACUGAAGAGCUCCCUCGUGAGGCCACCUGCAGACUAAUAACAAGCACAAAUCCCAACAAGUCUGGCAGCUUGAUGAGUGUGUGCACAUAACCAACGCACCAACCCAGCGUGUGUGAGUGUGUGUGUGUGGGGCGCCAUGCUGUGGACGGUGCUCCUAGCUCUGUUGGUGCUUCUGCUGCUGCAGACUCAUCUAUCUGUGUGCUUAAGGGAAUUACGCUCUGGGGUUUCCAGCUCCCCUGCCUCCAUCUCCUCUUCAUCGCCCUCCUCCUCCUCGCCCCCCUCCUCCUCCUCCAACAAUGCCACCCAGCAACGGCAGCCUGGAGCUAUCAUCAUUGGUGUGAGGAAAGGUGGCACCAGAGCCCUGCUGGAGAUGCUGAACCUGCACCCAGACGUGGAGGUGGCCAAGGCUGAGGUGCAUUACUUCAAUGUGGAGGAGCACUACCGCAGAGGCCUGGCCUGGUACAAGACCCAGAUGCCUUUCACUCUACCUGGUCAGCUGACAGUGGAAAAGACCCCCGGCUACUUUGCAGCGCCUCAAGUCCCAGCACGUGUCUGGGCCAUGAAUCCCGCCGUCCGCUUGUUACUGAUCGUCAGAGACCCGGCUGAAAGGCUGGUGUCCGACUACACCCAGGUCCUGCACAACCGUCUGACCCGCCACAAACCCUACCUACCACUGGAGGAGCUCCUGCUAAACGAGGGCCGCAUAGACCCCGGCUACAAAGCCCUGCACAGGAGUCUGUACCACCAGCAUUUGGCCCGCUGGCUGGAGGUCUUCCCUAUGGACCAGAUCCAUGUGGUGGACGGUGACGCACUCAUCAAAGAUCCUUUUCCAGAACUCAGAAAGGCAGAGAGAUUCCUAAAUCUCCCACCCAAAAUUAGCCCCAACAAUUUCUACUACAACACCACCAAAGGCUUCUACUGCCUCCUGUCUGCCGGACAUGACAAGUGCCUGGACGAGUCCAAAGGCAGGCCGCAUGCACCACUCAGUACGCAAGCCUUCAAAAAACUCUGCCGCUACUUCAGAAAGCCCAACAAGUUGUUCUUUGAAAUGGUGGGGAGGUCGUUUCCCUGGUGCUGAUAAGCAAAGAGGGACGUGACCCACAUUCAGGGAUUCAGAGUGCGACAGAAAUGGACAUUCGUCUUAGCAAAUAAGUGCCAGGAGUGGGAUCUUAUAGCAAUGAACAUCCAGCGUCAAUUUUACCGACUCAGGUACAAAAGUGGGCGACGAAAGACACAAGACAUUCGCCGAAUUGAACAAUUUUGUCCGUGUGGCUAAAAAAUAUGUAGAGUAUUCAGGUGCCUCCCUAAAAAGACUGACACGACAAAUCUUCAUCUGUGACCUCUGUGCCAAACACCAUGGAGAAACUGAAAACGCAACUGAUUUUUGUGACGUGUUGUGACGUGAAGUGCGUGCAGAACUUCAGUGAUGUAGAAAUAGACAAAGUGAGGAAGCGAUGGUUACAAGAUUGUUUUGUUUUGCACUAUGAACUCUCGAUCCAUAAGGGCACGGUUUCCUUGUAGACAGAACCUGAUGUUUCUUAAAGGCUGUAAAAUGUUUGUGUUAGCAGAACUGUUAGCUUAGUCACUCUAAUUACUUCAGUCUCGUCAUUUUAAAACAAAAUGUCAUGAUUUAAAAAAUACAAUUACAAUUUUUAGUCUCUUCAAGACUAAUGUAGUACUAUGACUUGGUUGUUUUUGUUUUUAAAAGACAUUUCUCAAAUAAACGUGUUUCCUACUACGUGUCCUGCGUGAAACCAGCUGUGAGGUUUAACAAGUUUAGAGAGAGAUCAAGAGAUCAAGCACAAGAACAAAGAGCAGCUGCGACACCAGGAACAACACCAGUACAGGUUUCUUUUCAUCACAACGUGCUAGCUAAUCAGCUCCAGUCUCAUUGUAACACAAAACAACUGCAGGUCACCUGGAGGCCUGGAUGAUGGGCUACAUCAAAAAAAUAAAAAAAAUAAAAAAUUCUCCUUCUCACUUGAUGUGUAUCCUUCACAUACUUCCUGAAAAGCUCCAUGAGUAAUUUUAGUUUUUAAAGCAAAAACAAUGGAACAUUUAUACAUUAAAACCCAUUUAAAAAAUAAAUUAAAUGGAAACUUCUGACAAUAGAUACAGUACAUUAGCUGUGACUAUAUGUGACUUUUCAUUUCAAUAAUCUCCCUGAAAACUUACUCAAAGUAAAACGGCCAAAACACAAAGCUUCUAGACACAUGAGAAAUUCACAAAAACUCGUUAUUAACAUCAGACAUCUUGAGAAAUUAUAACAUCUGUUCCGGGAUUUUUUUGAACAUAUCUGCUUACGUGAAAAAAAAGUUUAAGACCAUAAACUCGUCUGUAAACUGUUAUUCGUGAAUAAUACACAAUAAGAAGUUUAGUUGGGGUUUUUUUCGUAUAAACCUGAA